UCUCAGUGAAUUUUCUCGGUGGUACUUGUGUUGUGCAGUUUGUUGGUGUCUAAAAAAUAUUUAAUAUAAAAAUAAUAAUAAUGAGUGAUUUAGAAAAGUAUCAAGCUAAAAGCACAACUGAAGUUGAUGAAUACAAGUGUACAUUGAGUGAUGAGUUGAGAAAACUUGCAGAAUCGGAAUUGCGCGAAACGGACGAAGUCCGUAGUCAUGGAAUUAAGGCAAUGCGCGAUUGGAUUUUGGAUAAUCCAAGAAUUAUAAAAUGUCGAAUGGAUUCAUCUUGGCUACUCAGAUUCUUGAGAUUCCGUAAAUUCAGCAUUCCAAUGGCACAAGAGGCUCUCGAACGUUACUUGAUUUUCCGAGAGGGACUUUACGGCUACGAUUGGUUCUCAAACUUAGAUUUCAACCGUCCAAACUUGGUUGAUUUACUUGAUAAAGGUGUCAUCAUUCCACUUCCGAAUCGUGACAAAAAUGGUCGUCAAGUUCUUAUGUACCGCUUGGCUGGUGUCGAUCCAUCAAUCCCUGACAUUGGCAACACCUUUUUGACUUUAUCGACUUUGUUCUUUGAAUCACUUUUGGACAUUGAGGAGAAUCAAAUACGUGGAAUUAAUUACAUGGGUGACGUCACAGGACUUCAAUUAGGUCACGUUAAUAUAAUUCCACUUGAAACGUGCUAUAAAUUUGGUAAAAACAUCGAGAAAACUUGUGCGGCUAGGCAUAAAGGCUUUCACAUUGUAAAUAUGCCAUCAACUGUUCAAUACAUUGCCAAUUUCGCUCUUAAGCACAUGCCUGAUAAGCUCAGAGAACGUGUCAGCUUCUGUAGCACCAUUGAGGAAGUCGAUUGUGUUGAGAAGAAAAAUUUACCAAAGGAAUAUGGCGGUGAGGUGUCAAUGGAAGAUAUGAUCAAGCCAUGGAAAGAGACGCUCAACGCCAAAAAGCAAUUUUUCUUAGACUACAGCAAAAUGCAAGUAAACCAAAAGUUAUAUCCACAACAAGUACUCAAAUGUGUUGUAUCAGCACUAAAGAUAAAUCUCAACUCGUCGGAUAUGUUUGAGCAAGCCAGCAAUUGUAGUGAGGAAGAUCUCAGUGGACUUCAAGGAAGUUUCCGUAAACUUGAAAUUGAUUAAAAGUAAACAAAACAUUACAUCUGUUUAAGGUCAAUGCGAUCAUGCGUCGUAUCUGUAACAUAUUGUAGCAUGUGUCAAUGCAGCUCAUCUAAAGAUUUUAUUAUGUGAUAUUAUUUUGUUUUGCUCACAUAUUAAUCUAUAACUAGAGUAAUGUGUUAAUUGCACCAAACUUUAAUUAUAUUCACAAUGAUUGCUCACUCUGUCCAAAAAUUAAUUUAAGGCACACGCAGGCUAGACAAGUCAUAGACUGUUAUUUUUUUUAUACUCUUUUAUGUGGUUGACAAGUUUUACUUUAGUAGUGUUAAAUUUUUGGAUGUAUCUUGCAUAUUAGUAAAUAAAAAAAAAAUUGGAAGAUCUGCCUUUAAAAUCACAAAGGAAAC